CUCUUUCCAAGAUGGCCACCAAUGAUGGAGUAAUGUAAUAACUUUACAUCGCGUUUGUUUGUUUUUUUAGUUUUUGGAAAGGCUCAUUUGACUCCUGGAAGAGGAAUUCGAGUGGGGAAAUAUACAAGGACCUUCGCAACCCCGUUUGAUUUUGGAAGGGGGGGGGGGGGAAAGCAGCUGUGUAUAUAGUAUGCCUGUAUAUUUCUCAGAGAAACCUUUGGAUUAGGACUUCAACCGUGCGUUGGAUUUCCCCCCCUCUCCCUAUCUUUCCCUCCCCUCAUAACUUGUGAGAGGAUUUGGGAGGAGGAUUCGCAGACACACCACCUCAAGAAAAUCUCUUGAUUUACAUUAGACAGACAUUCUCUCACCUCUCUGCUGCUCUUUCUCUUCCUGUUUCCCCCUUCUCUUCAUUUCCUCUUUUUUUUUGAAAUUUCUUCUUGUGUCUGUCGCGAAGUUUCUUUUUUUAGAGGGGGUGACGGAAACUAACGUCGAAAAGAAAAGAAGCCUCGAAGUAUUUUUCUCCCCCCUUCUCCACCCCUAUUUAGUGGAGGAUUUUUCUUUUUUUAAAAAAGGGAAAGGAAUAAAAGUGUCUUUCGAGAGCGACAGGGAAGAGGAAACAACAACAAAAGGCUCGACGCUUGAGGCGGCUUUUCUUUUUCAAUAUAUUAUAUAAUUUUUUUGGGACGUGGCAAGAGAAGAAGGUUUUCUUUUAAGGGAAGAGAAGCGGGGCAAAGAAAAAAAAACAAAAUCCAUCGAAGACUCUGGAUAAAUUUCUUGUGGCAGUCGAUUUCUGAGCUGAGGAAGACAAACUUAUUUACUGUUUUUAAAAUAUACACCAGCCGAGGCCACGACAGCAACAAAAAAAAAAUAGCUUCUCGACAGGGGAAAUCCAAGUUCGUCUGAUUAUAAUUUACACCCUUUUUUUUUAAAGAAAAAAUUCUCAACGAAUUUAAAAAAGCAACCGUUUACCCCGAUGACAGUUGAGGUCAUGAGCACAAAAACUCCGCUGUUCUAGGAUUUAAAAGAAUGUCAUCAGAGGACAAAAGUGUGGAACCUUCUGACCUGGGACCGCCACCUCUGUCUGCUGCCCUAGUGACUGCUCCUGUUGGUAGCCCUGUAAAUAACGACAAACGACCACGGGGCCGACCUCGCAAAGAUGGCACAACUCCUCUACAGAAGAAGAAAAAGCCUCGGAGCAGGGGGAAGACGGUUAUUGAGGAUGAAGACAGUAUGGAUGGAUUGGAGGCAACAGAAAAUGCAAUGGAAACAGAUAUUAAAGAUGACUCACUGGAGGAGGAUAUCCUUACAGAAAUGGAGACCAAUGAACAAUCAUCUCUCCUGCAGCGUUCAAUAUCUGAAGACUCUGCCAGCUCCAUAACCUCAGUCAACCUAGAUACAAAAACCAGCAAUGAACAGCUCUGUGCCUUGUGCUUUUGUGGUGAACGCAGCUCACUGGGGCAGGGAGAGUUGAAAAGAUUCAACCCGACUCCAGAUUUUAUAUUACAAAGGAAGAGCCCAUCUCAAGCAAAGCAAGAUGGUACUGAUAGUUUGGAGGAUGUUAAUGACAAGAGCCACAAACAAUGUUCCACUUCACAAAGGUGGCAGCAAAAGUCUCCUUGCCAUGCUGCAAUGCCCAUCUCAACGUGUAUUAAUGUUCCAGUGGCUUCUGAAGAACAGACAAGCAGAUAUUGGGAUGAGCUCACUCAAGUUGGCCUUCCUGAUGGUAUUGAUGUCCAGGCCUUAUUUGAGCCUUCAGGCCAUUGCUGGGUUCACCAAUGUUGUGCAGAAUGGUCUUCUGGAGUGCGCCAGACAGAUGAACAGGUACUCAUGAAUGUGGACAAAGCAGUUCUCUCAGGGAUUGCAGAGCACUGUGCAUACUGUAAACGCCUUGGAGCCACCAUCAAAUGCUCGGAAAUGAAGUGCAAUCAGCGGUACCAUUAUCCAUGUGCAGCUGGAGCUGGUACAUUUCAAGAUAUCAAGACACUGAUUCUCCUCUGUCCAGAACACAUUGACCAGGCUCCAGAAAGAUCCAAGGAAGAGGUAAAUUGUGCUGUUUGCGACAGUCCAGGUGAACUUCUAGACCAGCUUUUCUGCACUAGCUGUGGACAGCAUUACCAUGGAGCAUGUCUAGACAUAGUUGUGACCCCUUUGAAACGGGCUGGGUGGCAGUGUCCAGAAUGCAAAAUUUGCCAAACCUGCAGGCAUCCAGGCGAUGACAGCAAAAUGUUGGUUUGUGAUAUCUGUGACAAAGGCUAUCACACGUUUUGCCUUCAACCAGCAAUGGAGUCGAUACCUACAAAUGGUUGGAGGUGUAAAAAUUGCAGGGUGUGUGUUGACUGUGGAGCACGGACCAGCACUCAUUGGCACCACAAUUGUUCACUUUGUGCUAACUGUUACCAGCAACAAGACCACAGCAUGUCUUGUCCACACUGCGACAAGAUGUGUUAUCAAGAUUCCCAGAAAGAUGUGGUGCAUUGUCAGAUGUGCAAGAGAUGGAUUCACAUAGAAUGUGACAGAUCAUUGGAGAAUACUGAGGACAUUUCACAGAAGGAAUGCUACAUAUGUACCAUGUGUAAAGAAACAGAGGUUGCAAUGGAACAUAUUCAAUCUUGUGAUAACAUUGAGACUAUUCACUCUGUUCAAGAAACUGCUACAGAACAUGUAGGUGUUAUUGAAAUUAGUGGAACAACUAAGGAGCAAUUAUCACAAGAAGAAAGUGUUCAUAAGCCAGCCAAUAGCUUUAACCACGCAGGAGAUCAGACCACAGUGGCUAAUGAAAAAGAUUUGGAAGUGGUCCAUACUGCUGAACAUGUAGAGCCUGAUGUGGCAAAGGAGGCUUCAGAUUCUGAAAAAGCUGUCCAGCAGUUUGAGUGUCUAACUCCAGCCAGAGAUGUUCAAGAGCUCGAAGCAACUGAAAAUGAACCUGAAACACUAGAGCAACCUCAACUGGAUGAGGAAACACGAAAUUUGGAAAUUGUUAUUGAAGGACCAGUGCUUGUAAAAGAAGACCAUCAGUUAUGUGAGAAUAAGUCAGAACUGAUGGAGGUUUCUGGCCCAGAAGUGUCAAAUAAUGAGCUCAUACAAGAAGCUACACUGAUUAAGGAGAGCCCAGAAAUUCCAUUACAAGAUGAAGUGGUACAGAAAAACGAAGAAAAAGUUUCUCAAACAUGUCUCAGUAGCAGCAUUUCUGAAGCUGAAAAAACUUGCAGUGAAAGUACAUCAGAUAUGAGUUCACCUGUUGAAAACAAUACUGUCAAAGUUUUUGGAGAAACUGGCAAUAACUACACACAGAACAACAAGUCAAGCGUUUCUUCGCAUUUUGUGACCGUUUCAGUUGGAGUUUCUCCUGUAACAAAUGUGUCUUGUACUUCAGCUGCAGGCACUUUCUCAGGAAUUCCUGCAUCAACGUUCAUACCCAUGGUUCCAAAAAUAGGCAUGGGAAAACCAGCUAUUACCAAAAGGAAGUUUUCUCCAGGGCGACCUAGAAUGAGACAGGGCAUGUGGGCGACAAAUGCAAUGAGUUCCCCUUCCUGGUCUACAGACAGUUAUGAAUUUCGGGAGAGUAUGGUAAAAACAAAGCAACCUCAGAGCACCAUUUGGAACAUCAAAGUGGGUCGUGGUGCUGGCUUUCCUGGGAAGAAGAGACCACGUGGUACAGGACACUCUGGACGGGGCGUUAGAGGCAGGUCGAAAUUGAAAAAUGGUAUUGGUGCUGCUAUAACACCAGGAGUUGGUGCCAUGGAAAUGAUGGUCAAUAAGGAUGAGGAUGAAAACUCAAUGCAUAACACUGUUGUUUUGUUCUCUACAAGUGACAAGUUUACUUUGAAACAGGAUAUGUGUGUUGUUUGUGGAAGCUUUGGGAAAGGUUCAGAAGGCCGACUACUUGUUUGCUCUCAGUGUGGCCAGUGUUAUCAUCCCUACUGUGUCAGUAUUAAGAUCACCAAAGUGGUACUGAGUAAAGGCUGGCGAUGCCUAGAGUGUACAGUGUGCGAAUCCUGUGGGAAGGCCUCUGAUCCAGGCCGUUUACUUCUCUGCGACGAUUGUGACAUCAGCUAUCAUACCUAUUGCCUGGAUCCACCUUUACAGACAGUUCCUAAAGGCGGCUGGAAAUGCCGAUGGUGUGUUUCUUGUGUGCAGUGUGGGGCAACCUCACCUGGUUUCAAGUGUGAAUGGCAGAACAAUUAUACACAGUGUGCUCCUUGUGCCAGCUUGACUGUCUGCCCAGUCUGCAAUAAGAAUUACAGAGAGGAGGAGCUUAUUAUACAAUGUCGCCAGUGUGACAGGUGGAUUCAUGCUAUAUGCCAGAACCUGAACACAGAAGAUGAAGUGGAAACUGCCGCAGAUAAUGGCUAUGACUGUUUCACAUGUAGGCAAUAUGCAAUGACAACUCCAGCGACUACCUCAGAAGAGACGGAGUUAUCUUUGGUAUCACCUCAAUUUAUUGUAAAGACUAAAGAACCGGAACUGACAAGGACAUAUACACGGGAUGGUGUCUGUCUGACUGAAACUGGUAUGUCACAGCUCCAAAGUCUCAGUGUUGCUCCACCACGUCGAAAGCGACCCAAGCCAAAGUUGAAGUUAAAAAUCAUCAACCAGAACAGUGUUGCUGUUUUGCAAACUCCACCUGAUCCUCAGUCUGAACAAUCUAGAGAUAUGGAUGGAGAUCUGGAUGAAAGCAGAGCAGCUGACCUAAUGGACUGUGACGCAAAGUCUGAUACACUUACUAGUCCAGAGCGGGAACCGGCAGAUGAUGACUGUAAGGGAGCUGAGGGGUCUGACAGCCUAAAGAAGAGAAAAAGGAAACCAUACAGACCUGGAAUUGGAGGGUUUAUGGUACGUCAGAGGAACCGGACAGGACAGAACAAGUCAAAGCGUUCACUGUCGAGGAAGAACUCCACUGGUUCAGUCUCUGAAAUGAUAACUGGGAAGGAGGAUGUAGGUUGGGUGGACCAACUGUCAGAGCUACCUGGUGAUGAGGCAGCUGUUGCCCCUGAGCUUGUGGAGAAAAUGAAAAAGCGAUAUCGGAAGAAAAAGAACAAAUUGGAAGAGAUUUUUCCAGCAUAUCUGCAGGAAGCCUUCUUUGGAAAAAACCUACUUCUUGCAAGUCAACAAAGCAAACUGAGUCUGGAUGCUCUUUCUGAUGAAGAAUUAUCUCGGCCAUCAAACAGAGUUCUGAAUGCAAAUAUAAGUUUCCUGGAUCCUUCCUCUGAUCCACUAUUGAGUUCAGCCACUCAGGUGGCAACAAAACAUCAGGGAGGACAAGGUAACAGUGAAGACCCUUUAGCUGAUCUCUCAGAAGUUCUAACCACAGAAGAUGAUAUCCUUGGAAUACUCUCUGAUGAAUUGGACAAAACAGGAGAUGAGACUGGUCUUGAUUUAUGCACUUUCCAGGUCGAGAAUUCACCUUCUCCAUUUGCUGGACUGGAUAUUGGCCCCAUUACAGAGGACCCAUCUGCAGUUUCCCAGUCAAGUGGAGGCCAAGGUUCACGACCUUUGACCGAGGAACAACUAGACCGAAUACUUAGCCCUGAUCUUGAGAAAAUCGUUUCAGAUGGUACAAUUCUAAGUAAGCUGUACAAAAUUCCAGAGCUGGAGGGAAAGGAAGUGGAAGAUCUAUUCACAGCCGUGCUAAGUCCUUCAGCUAACCAGGCACCUCCGCCACCACCUCCACCACCUUUGCCUCCUUUGCCUCCACAUGAACAUGGGGAUGGUGGAUUUGCCAGGAUGCCAGCAAUAAAUGGUGUAAUGGGGCCACAUGCACAGCAGCAAACAUCUUUAGCACCUGGAGGUGGACGAUGCCUCACAAAUUCUUAUUCUUCGAUCCCUCAGGCACCAUUCCCUGAUAACAGAGACAAGAAUCAUAUGUUUAGUCAAGUUGUAACUGAGCCUCCUAACCCAUGGGUUCCCUCUGCUCCUGCUGUGGAGGCGGAAGGAGACACACUGAACUACACACAACGGAGUACUCUGAAAUGGGAAAAGGAAGAAUCUCUGGGUGAGAUGGCAACUGUCGCCCCUGUUCUAUAUACAAAUACAAACUUCCCCAACCUGAAAGAAGAUUUUCCAGAUUGGGCUACCAGAGUGAAACAAAUAGCUAAACUGUGGAGGAAGGCAAGCUCCCAAGAGAGGGCCCCUUAUGUGCAAAAGGCAAGAGAUAAUCGAGCAGCACUGCGUAUAAACAAAGUUCAAAUGACCAGCGAGUCUUUGAGAAGGCAGCAGCAAGAAUGCAUUGAUUCUGUCUCUCGACCUGACAUUGACUUGCCAUUUAAAGAUCAAAUGAAGCAAAAAGAAUCAGAACACGAGCAAGAAUGGAAACUAAGACAGCAAAUGCGACAGAAGAGUAAGCAGCAAGCCAAGAUUGAAGCUACACAAAAACUGGAACAGGUGAAACAUGAACAGCAGCAGCAACAACAAUUUGGGUCCCAGCAAUCUUCUGCAGGCGAGGAUUCUAACAGUCCUAAGGCAGGUGAACAGGACACUGGACACUUGUCUCCUCUGCACUUGCCCAAAGAAGGAUUUACAAGGCCUCGGGCUCCUGGCACUUCAGUAUCAACAUCAUCAGAUGAUGUCUUUCUCAGACCUCAGGCUCCUCCACCAACACCAACAAGGGUACCACUGCAGGAUCCAUUUGCACAGCCCCAGGCAUCACAAUCACCGUCACCACAGAUGUUUUCUCCAGUUGCUAAUGUGUCAAGACCAUCAUCUCCUUGGGAUCCAUAUGCUAAAAUGGUUGGCACGCCAAGACCACCACCAGUUGUUAGAAGAAAUUCACUGUCCUCUUUAGAUUCGUGUGCUGUUCCUCAAAACGCAACCAGGCCUUUACCAGCUACUGAACAGAUCGAGAGAAAUAGGCCUCCAUUAGCGGAUGAGUCUUUUGGGUCGUCAUCACCAACUAGCAGUGAUCCUUACGCAAAGGCACCCGAUACUCCAAGACCUUCCAUGACAAUAUCAACAGAUCAUUUUUCAAAACCUUUAGGGUUGCCACGGCCACCUAUGACUUCUGAUCCAUCAGGGAAUAUGCCUGUAAAUGUAAAUGAUCCCUUUGCUAAACCUGCACACAGACCUGAUAUGUUGCCUAGACAGCAGGUGCCACAUAAUCGAAUGGGGCCUCUUGAUCUAUAUUCAAGAUCACAACAUGCACCUAAUCAAGCUAAUGUUGAAGAUGGAAGUGGACAAUUGUUUAAGACACCAAUGCCACCAAUUCAGUCACCUCAAGAUCCUUAUGCAUCUAUGCCUUUAACCCCAAGACGCACGUCUGUUGAUCCAUAUGAAAGGACUGUGUUGAACUCGAGACCUGUGGAUAACUUUUCACAAAGCCCAGUACAGUCACAGUCCCAGUCAAUGGAGUCUUAUGCACAGCAACCACAGACACCUCAUCCCAUGAAUGAGCCAUUUUCACACAGUCAGAGAAUUCCCCGGCAAACCCAGGGUGACACAUUUGUUCAACAGGGGUCAAGGUCAAGACGCUCUCCUCAGGAUCCUUAUUCGCAGCCCCCAGGAACCCCUCGACCUGCAGCUGACCCCUAUUCACAGCCCCCAGGAACCCCUCGACCUGCAGCUGACCCCUAUUCACAGCCUCCAGGAACCCCUCGACCUGCAGCGGACCCUUAUUCACAGCCCCCAGGAACCCCUCGACCUGGAGCUGACCCUUAUUCGCAGCCCCCAGGAACCCCUCGACCUGGAGCUGAUCAGUAUACACAGCAGUCACUAACCCCAAGAGCCCCUUCACAACAAGCAGAUCCGUACUCCCAGCCACCUGGUACUCCAAGGCCUUUAGCUUCAAAUCGUUUUGUACAAUCACCAAUUAAUCAGAGAUAUUCUGAUCCAUUCGCACAAUCUCCUUUAACCCCAAGACCAGUUGGCUCGGACCCCUUUGCCCAGCCUCUUCAGUCUCCAAGACCAGUUAUUUCUGACCGGCAAACAUUGACAAGAUCAGGUCAAUUAUUAAAUCAGGAGCAAUUUUUGCAACCACCACACAACAGAGUUCCAAAUUUGAAAGAUACAUUUGUGCGACCAGCUGAUGUAUGUGGUCGAGCACCUCAAACUUCCAGACCAGCCGGAAUACAUGAUGACGCAUUUUCACCCCAUGCACCAGCAGUGAGACCAGCUUCAGACACAUAUGGGCAAACAGUACAUGACCCAUAUGAUCAGCCCCCAAGGACCCCAAGACCUCAAACUAAUGACAAGUUUGUGCCAGGGAGGCAUAACCAUGAAAUUAGUGACCAACAAGGACCCACAUCAGAUUCCACAAAUUUUAGCAGCUCCACAGGAUCACCUAUAAAUUCACAAGUACACCAGUUUCAUAAUGUACCCCCAGCGCUUGACCAAGGCCAAUCAAUUUUGACAUCUGAGGCACAGAAUAAUGUAAGCACAGGUCAUAUGGACACAGAAGAAAAGCAACGGCAGAGGCUGAGGUUACGGGAACUCAUCCUUCGACAACAGCAGCAGAAGAAUGCAGUCCGUCAAGAAAAAGGCCUGCAAGAGCAAGCAAUGACAUCUGCAGCAUCACCACUCAGGCACUGGCCACAGGAGGAUUUAAAACGUCAAAGUGAACUAUUUGGCAGACCACCUCCUCCCUAUCCUGGUGUUGUGAGAAUCCCUCGUGCAUCUCAAGGUGGACCAAGAUUUCCAGGCCUUUUCACAAAUGAACCCCGCGGUCGCUUAAUAACUGAUGGUCAAUUUAACAGACCACAAUUUUCUGGAGAUGUUGCAAGAAUGGUCAUGAGGACGCAAGGUCCAAGGUAUGAACGGAGCAAGACUGGAGAAGAAACAAAAUGUGAUCAAGUAGCCAAAGCAAGAAAACAAUCUGAUUGUUGUCCUGAGAAAGACGAAACUGCAAAAUCAAGUGGAGGAUCUGAUGAACAUAGUCCAAAAGAUGCAAAGCAUUCCAUAAAAUCUGAAAAUGGUGUUAAUGAUGGAAAUCGUGAUGCUCCUUUUAGUGUAGGUACACCUGAGACUGAGACAAAAGAUACAGUAACAGAUAAUGCACCUGCUUCUAACCCUUGCAUUGAAGGAGAACUGGAAAUGGCAAAGGGAGAGGAAAGAGUUGACAGUAACACAGAAUCUAAGGAGGCUAGCCCAGGUUUCAGUGAUUCACAAUCUUCUAUCCAGACAUCUAAUUCUGUAGGGAGCAAUUCUUGCACUCUAACUGGUUCUACUCCAGUUCUUUCAAGUCUGUUAACUGAGAAGCCAAGUAGUUCUGGACUUUCAUCAUUGGGCUCACCAACCCAGGUUGUGCCAUCACCUCAACCGCAUCCAAAUAUUGGUAUCCCACAAUCUCCUAAUAUGGCAGUCUCUCCAGGGCAAAUUCCUGAGAAUGCAAUAAACCAAAAUUUGCAGAUGGGUCAUAGGUUAAACUGUAACUUUUCGCAGGGCUCUUCAGGAAAUAGGGCCUUUUUCCAAGCGCAGCCAUCUGGCCAGAAUUAUACGGCAGGGCAACAACCAAGUCAAAAUGUGGUUAUUGCAAAUCAACCAGGUCCCAGUAAACUACCCACCACACAGCAAAUUAUACUUCCUCAGGCAGUAGGUCCUCAGGGUCAGCGUGAGCGGCCCCUUCUUUUAGAAGAGCAACCUCUCCUUCUGCAGGACCUUUUGGAACAAGAAAGGCAAGAGCAGCAGCAGCAACGACAAAUGCAGGCUAUGAUACGCCAUCGAUCCACUGAUUCUUUCUUCCCCAAUAUUGAUUUUGACGCAAUCACUGAUCCAAUAAUGAAAGCAAAAAUGGUGGCCUUGAAGGGAAUCAAUAGAGUUAUGGCCCAAAGCAAUUUGGGAAUGCCACAAAUAGUAAUGAAUAGAUUUCCAUUUGUGAGUCAGCAAGCGUCUAGUACACAGAGUGUUGACAAUGGACAGAAUCCCAUUCUUCAAGGAGUUGGCCAGGAUGGGAAUUUGCCACCUCAAAUGUUACGACCAAAUCCUCCAUCUUUUGGUCCAGGUUUUAUGAAUAAUGCACAGAAGAAACAGUAUGAGAAAUGGCUGCAGGAUACCCAACAGCUUCUCCAAAUACAGCAGAAGUAUCUUGAGGAACAAAUUGGGACACACCGAAAAUCUAAGAAGGCACUCUCUGCUAAGCAGCGUACUGCCAAAAAGGCUGGACGAGAGUUUCCAGAAGAAGACGCAGAACAACUUAAGCAUGUAACUGAGCAGCAGAGUAUGGUGCAGAAGCAGUUGGAACAGAUUCGAAAACAACAAAAGGAACAUUCAGAACUGAUGGAGGAAUAUCGUCUAAAGCAGCAGCAUCAAUGUGCAAUGCCAUCACCUACCAUGAUGCCGACUGGAUCAGUCCAGCCGCCCUCAGUCCAAGGUGGAGCGCCAUCUUCAGUAAAUCAACAGAGUUUCUCAAUAAUGCCACAGCAACAACCCCAGCAACAACUUCAGCCACCUGUUCCAACCCAGCCAAAUACUCCCAGAAUGACUAAUGCUCCUCAAUGGCAACCUUGCAAUCCUAAUGCAACUGCGCCUCCUCACAUGUCCGUGAGUACUCCAAGGAUGCAACACCCUGCACCACCUCAGCUGCCAGUGACAAGCACGCAAUCUACUCAAGCAGCAACAGUCACAACAAAUCAACAGUCCAAUGUACCACCACGAGUUGAAUUUGAUGACAACAACCCAUUCAGUGAAACCUUUCAGGAACGGGAACGUAGGGAGCGUUUACGAGAGCAACAAGAAAGGCAGAGAAUCCAGCUCAUGAAGGAAGUGGAACGCCAUCGUGCUAUGCAGAAGAGGAUGGAAAUGGAGCAACAGCAAGGCAUGGCAGCUUUAAACACAUCCGCGCUCUCUCAAAUGCCAUAUUUUAAUUCUGAUUUGCUUUGUGAUUUUAUGCAGUCUCAAAGGCCUCAACAGCAGCAAGUUCAGCAGAUGGGACUUGUUCCUCACCAGCAACAGAAUCUAUUUCCACAGUUCAUAAACUCACCACCUCAAACACCUUUGAUGCAGUGCAAUGACCGUAGACCAGUGGGGGCACCAGGAUUUGUGCCUGAGGCUCAUACUCUCCCAGGUGGAUGCCCACCUACCCAUCCUAUGAAUCAGGUACAAUCUGGACUUGGCUUUCAACAAAACCAGCUAAGAGCUCCCUUUGGGCCAUGUGUCCCUGCAGGCUCUCAAGGAAAUAGUGAUGGACCUUCAUUUGGCCCAGAUAAUGGAAUGCAACUGCCAGGCAAUUACCCAGGCCCAGGUCAAUCUCUCAUUCAACUUUAUUCCAAUAUCAUACCAGAGGAGAAAGGGAAGAAGAGAAGAAGCAGAAAGAAGAAGAAAGACGAUGACAGUGACUCAGUCAAGACACCAUCUACUCCUCAUUCUGAUAUCACUGCACCAGCUACACCUACUAUUUCUGACUCUGCUUCUAACCCAUCGGUUAAUCUGCCUGGGGAGUUUGGGUUUAAUCAGGGUGAACAGGAGAAUGAAGAGGUAAACCAAUUGGUUGACAACUCAAAUGACCACCAGCCUCCAUCUGAACUUGAACGGCAACUUUCUUCCAGUACUAGUGCACCACACAGACUUAUGAUACAACAGAUUGGUCUGCCAUCUGAAACAGGUCACAGUCCAUCAAAUGAAGACGCUCAGACAAACGCUGUGAAAGUGGAACAGGCAGAAACCACACAUUGCCAUGAUAAUGCUCAGUCCAAGGUAGAAACACAGAAUUCAGUAAAGGUAGAAGGAAAAGUCAGUUUGCAACAGCCUGCUGUUUCAACACAGAGUCCAGCUGCAGGAACAAAUGUGUCAGGAUCAAAACCAGAAUCAGGAAAUGAACUUUUGAAACAUCUACUGAAAAAUAAGAAUGCUCCAUUGCCUCCCCACCAAAUAGCAGAAGAAAAAUCCGAAGGUGAAUCGUGUUUGGAAAGCAAAUUAAAGAAACAAAGUCCAUUUGAGGGGCAGAGUCCACCAAGUGGUUUUAACUUUGAUGGAAAGGUGAAUCAGUUGCUGAGGAAGGAUUCAGAGGAAGAAAAGAAACGACCAAAAAACAAGAGAUCACAGAAAACAGCUGAGAAGGCUGUGUCACGCUAUAAGAAACGUAAAAAAGAUGAGGAGGACAGACAAGCAAUCUACCCCAAUACAGAUGUGCUAAUGAACCAGUUAAAACAGCAAUUGACUCUUCUCCCCCUAUUGGAACCAACUAUCGGUGUGAAUUUUGCAUACUUCCCUCCUUACGGUAGUGGACAGUUGAAUGGUGAUAAUUUACUCACGGGAUCGUUUGGCAGUGCUGUUCUUGACAGUGUUCCAGAUUACUACUCUCAGUUGAUUUACAAGCAGAGCAACUUGAGCAAUCCCCCCACCCCACCGGCUUCCUUGCCUCCUACCCCACCACCUGUGGCUCGCCAGAAACUAGUGAAUGGCUUUGCUACCACUGAUGAGCUCUCUGGAAAACCAGGACAUCAUGACGUUGGCAAAGCUCUUGGACCAAAACAGUACCAGUUGCCUUUUAGACCUGAAGAUGAUCUGUUGGCAAGAGCUUUGGCCCAUGGACCGAAAACAGUGGAUGUUCCUGCCUCCCUCCCGACUCCACCCCACAAUAAUCAUGAGGAGUUGAGAGGCCAGGAGCAUUGUGGCGAUGAUGACCGUGACUCACCAGACAGCUUUGUAGCUUCGUCAUCUCCAGAAAGCGUAGUAGGCAUGGAGAUCAGCAGAUAUCCCGAUCUCACCCUGGUGAAAGAAGAGCCACUGGACCCAGCUCCAUCGCCAGUAAUUCCCAUGCUGCCGAGUUCGACUGGCAAAGGUUCAGAAGCUCGACAGAGUGAGGUUAAGAUGGAGCCAACCUUUGGAAAUAUGGGUUCAGCGAUGUUUUUUGGAAAUCAGUUUACGCAGUCUCAGAAUGGGCCCAAAAUUGGUUUUGUAUCUGUUGCACUUACUCUGACUCCGUCAGCUGCUGAGGAUAUUAAUGGUGUUGUAGCAAGAGUGGCUGACUUUCUACGCAUUAAAGUUCCGAACAGUUACGAGGUCAGCAGUGCACCCGAACCACCUUCGAUGCCUUUGAUUAAUGCUUACAAAUUCACCCAAGCCUUGGAAAGCAGGCCUUCGCUGAUAGUUCAAGGUUCCCACCCUUGCUUUACUGGCCCUGUCAAGAUUAUGAGACCUGUUGGGCCUACAAGCCUACCAUAUAUGAUUCCUGCCAGUGGCACAGUGGCACUCAAAGCAGACAAUCGAGCAGUCAUGAACAGCUCUACCAGCUCUAAACCUCAGUGGUGCCGUCAUUGUGAUGUCGUGGUGCUUGGUAAUGGUGUACGGAAGACAGUCACUGAUCUUCCAUAUAACAAGCAGGAUUCAAGAGAUGGAACAAGCAAAACUGAGCCUGAUAUUGUCUUCUGUAGCAAUAACUGCUUUGUACAGUACGCAAUGGCCACCCAAGCAAAAACUCCAGAGUCAAAGCAACAGGAACUUACAUCUGUAGUAAUAGAGCAGCCAACCAAAGAUGUGACACGAAACACAUUCCAUCAUUAUAACAACAACACCUCCUCCUUAGAUGUCCAUCGACUUCCACGGAUUCAGGAAAACGCAGUGUCUCCAACUACUCCAACUACUUAUUUCCCUCCUGCCAACCUGCAAGAGUCAAAACCUGAAGAUCUUAAGGUGACGGUGAAGCUGAAGCCUAGACCAAGGUCUAUGCCAGAAGACCUAGAUGACAGUCGUCCAGCAAUUAAAAGGUGGAAAGGGAUGAAGUGGAAAAAGUGGAGAGUUCAAAUAGUCAUUCCUAAAGCGCAUUUGAAGUUGGCGUCUGAGGAAGAAAUAGAUGAACUCCUGAAGAAACUUGGAACAUCCCUAAAGCCUGAACCCAUGCCACGAGACUAUAGAAGAUGUUGUUUGUGUCACGAAGAAGGUGAUGGAACAACUAAUGGGGCUGCAAGGCUUCUGAACCUUGACCUUGAUCUCUGGGUCCACUUGAACUGUGCCCUCUGGUCCACAGAAGUAUAUGAGACCCAAGCUGGCGCCUUGAUUAAUGUGGAGAUGGCUUUAAGACGUGGUCUUUCUAUGAAGUGUGUUUUCUGUCAUAAAAUGGGAGCUACUGGUACAUGUCAUCGGAUAAGAUGCACCAAUAUUUAUCACUUUACCUGUGCCAGUAAAGCCCAAUGUAUGUUUUUCAAGGACAAGACGAUGCUCUGCUCAAUACAUAAACCAAAAGGACCCCAUGAGCAAGAGUUGACAUACUUUGCUGUCUUUAGGAGGGUCUAUGUGCAACGGGAUGAAGUCAAGCAAGUUGCCAGCAUUGUACAACGAGGUGAACGCAACCACACAUUUCGUGUUGGUGGCCUGAUUUUCCAUGCCAUCGGGCAACUUCUCCCACAGCAGAUGCAGUCUUUUCACAGCUCUAUAGCUCUCUACCCAGUUGGAUAUGAAGCGAGCCGUUUUUAUUGGAGUACACGUUACUCCAACAAACGCAGCCGAUAUCUCUGCUCCAUUGAAGAGAAAGAUAAUGUCCCAGAAUUUGUGGUCAGGGUUAUUGAACAAGGUCAUGAAGAUCUGGUCUUAACAGGAAGUUCUCCAAAAGGGGUGUGGCAAAAGCUCCUGGAACCCAUCACUCGCCUUAGAAAAGAUGCUGACAUGCUGAAACUCUUUCCAGACUACCUUAAGGGUGAUGAUCUGUUUGGCUUGACUGUUUCUGCAGUCACAAGGAUAGCGGAAUCGCUACCUGGAGUAGAGAACUGUGAAAACUACACCUUCCGUUACGGUCGCAAUCCAUUGAUGGAACUUCCACUUGCAAUAAAUCCUUCAGGCAGUGCUCGGUCUGAACCUAAAAUGAGUACCCAUGUCAAGAGGCCGCACACUCUGAACAGUACCAGUACAUCCAAGUCUUUUCAGAGCACCGUUACGGGAGAGCUGAAUGCACCUUAUAGCAAGCAAUUUGUCCAUUCCAAAUCCUCUCAAUAUCGCAAAAUGAAGACCGAAUGGAAGAUUAAUGUUUACCUGGCUCGUUCUCGAAUCCAGGGUCUUGGUUUGUAUGCUGCCCGAGACAUUGAGAAGCAUACUAUGGUCAUUGAGUACAUUGGAACAAUCAUCCGUAAUGAAGUGGCUAAC